CAUGCCGCACUGCCGAUUGCCCGUCUCAUCUCUGGUCCUUGCCGCCUUCUUCUCAGAGAUGACGGACAGCUUCGUGUUGAACUCCCUGCCCGCUACUGGUCCAUCUGCCGGGCGGCGACCUUACACUUGCAGGACAGCAAGCACAAGGGUGACUACUCGCUGCUGCACGGGAGACAGCGACGAGGUGAGCAUUUCCCUCCGACCGAGCAAGAGGGAAAACACCCUCCCUUCAGCUGCCAUGCCCUGCAUCUCCGUGCUGCCGGACCGGCUCAUCCUCCCCGGGCAGAAGAAACAGAUCCACGUCUACGAUCAGAACAACAUUGAGGUGCUCAACACAGCGAUGAGGGUCAAGGACGGCUACUUGUGCCAUGUUGUCGUCGACCCAGCUGCACUCGCGGAGAGAAGAUUCGCACUGUGUGAGUUCGGAGUUCUUCUCAAGGUACUGUCGACGUCUCCGAGUAUUCAUCGCAACAAGUAUGGAGAGCGAUCUGACAGCAUCAGGGCCGAAGUUGCUGGGCUGAGGAGGGUCCGCGUUCAUGAAGUGUUUCAGAAGGAGCCUUUCCUUGCUGCCAACACCACAGACACGGUCAUGAUAACGCAGGGAGAGGACAGUCAAGUCGACCCCUCGCUACUCGAUGCUCUCAACAACUGCAAGAGGCUGAGAAGCGAGCUUUCGCUGGACUCAAGGGGUGAAGCUGGAGAAGGAGAUGAGAGGAGGGCAGAGCUACAGAGCGUGUCGGUUGUGGAAGAUGCAUGCUGGAUUUGCAGCCUGUUGGAGGAGGAGGGGCAAGAGUUGACCUCAACAGAGAAGAUCGGUCUGUUUGGGUUGGCGUCUUUGAGGGACUCUGAUGGUAGCAAGAAGCUAGAGACCCUUAUGGAGCCCGACUGCCUCAGCCUUGUCAGCGCCGGGGAGAAAAUCAUCCGAGACGCCAACAAUCAAUUGUCCGCGAUGAAGUCUCUUC